AUGUCGGUCCGUUCUCGUCGAGAACUCGUCUCGCAACGUAAGCUCUGCUGGAACUGUUUCCGAACCGGGCACUCCGCCAAAAAAUGUUAUUCCAAAUUUACCUGCCGGACCUGUCGAGAUCGGCAUCACACGAUGCUGCAUGAUACCCCGCAAGUUGGCAAGAAUUCAUCCACCACUCCAGCCGUUACCACUCCCCAAGAGGAACCGCAGCCCGGUCCAUCCAAGUUGUCACGUGUGUACUCACAAGAGGCUUCCACGUCGUCGAAAUUCCAAAGAGUUAGCAUGGCGGUUCAAGCCUAUACAAGCACAGUUCUGCUGGAGACAGUCGCACUGAACGUCGUCGAUGAUAACGGAAAGGUGUUUCAAGCCCGAGCGCUUCUAGAUUCGGCUUCAAUGUCGAACUUUAUGUCCAAGAAGUUGGCUAAACUUCUCUCCAAUCGUCAAUCCAAGGUGGAUAUUACCGUGGCUGGUAUCGGCCAUUCCGUGCAGAAGAUGAAGUGCUCCAUCACCACCACCAUUAAGUCCAGAGUUGGUUCGUUCGAUACCAAACUCAAGUUCCUGCUAAUCGACAAUCCUAGUGCCGAUCUACCUACCGUUCCGGUUCAAAUUUCCACUAUGGAGAUCCCAGACGUUCCGAUAGCCGAUCCGCAGUAUUUUGUUCCCAGCGAAGUCGACGUAGUUAUUGGCGGUGAGGCAUAUUGGGAAGUACAUACAGGAAAAGCGCUCCACUUAGGUCCAGGAUUACCGCAUAUGGUUGAAACCUUGUUCGGUUGGACAUUCUCCGGUCCGACGUGCAUCGAUUCUUGCGGUACGACAGCCUGUCUCCUAUCGACCAAGGAAGAUAGUCUUGAUGUCACUCUCCGAAAAUUUUGGGAGAUCGAGACUAUCCCAACUCAAUCGACACAUUCCACUGAUGAGCGGACCUGCGAGGAACUGUACGAGAAAACUACCACCCGAAGCAACACUGGGCGAUACAUAGUUCGCCUACCCAAAACGAAUAAUCCAGAUAUCAUCUUGGGAGAUUCCCGAAGCAUCGCUGAACGUCGGUUUCUCAACUUAGAGCGCCGUUUAGAACGCAGCCCGGACGUCAAAACUGCAUACCAUCAAUUUAUGGCAGAUUAUGAGCGUCUAGGGCACAUGAAACGUCUUGAUGAACCAGUAGACAGCAGUAUGCUGCACUGCUUCUUGCCCCAUCACCCUGUUUUUAAGUCAUCCAGCACCACAACCAAAACAAGAGUGGUGUUUGACGCGUCGUGCAAGACAGCGUCUGGUCAUUCCCUAAAUGACUUACUUCUAGUCGGCCCAGUCGUGCAACAAGAUUUGUUGUCACUAAUUAUGAGAUUCCGGUCUCACACAGUCGCUUUGGUUGGCGACAUUGAAAAAAUGUAUCGUCAAAUACAACUCCAUGAGGACGAUCUGCCACUCCAACGGAUUCUUUGGAGGACAGGUCCGGAAGAUCCCAUAGCAUCGUAUCAACUCCAAACGGUAACCUUUGGCACCGCGUCUGCCCCAUACCUUGCCACCAAAACGCUACAAAGACUUGCUAAAGAUGCAGCCGAACGUUUCCCCGCUGCCGCCGGGCCCGUUACUGAUGACUUCUAUGUCGACGAUUUUUUGUCUGGAGCCUCAGACGUCAAGACAGCACUCCUACUUCGCCGCGAAGUCUUCGCAAUGCUCGAGUCAGCAGGACUCCCAAUCAAGAAGUGGGCAUCCAAUUCACUCGAGGUUCUCGAAGACAUUCCACCAGAAGACCAAGCAAUCCAGCCUUGGUACGAUCUCCAAGUUGAGCAGUCCGUCAGCACUCUCGGCUUAGUGUGGGAGCCCCGCUCCGAUUCUCUCGGUUUUAAAGUACAACUUCCCCUGCCUGCGGCCACUCUAACGAAGCGUACAAUCAUGUCGUACAUAGCACGAAUUUUCGACCCCUUAGGACUAGUGGGUCCGGCUGUUACCAAAGCAAAAAUCUUCAUGCAGCGCAUGUGGGCGCUGAAAACCUCCGAUGGCAAACGUUUUGAUUGGGACCAGCCUUUACCGCAAACCCUGCAGCUUGAGUGGAAAGAGUUCCACAAUACCAUCGACCUACUACGCCAAGUACGAGUUCCACGUUUUGUUGCAAUUCCGGACGCAAUCAGUAUUGAACUGCAUUUUUUCGCCGAUGCGUCAGAGAAGGCGUACGGCACCUGCUGUUUCGUUCCUGCUCAAUCAUCCCAACAAGUAACUGUUCAGCUCCUAACCUCCAAAUCAAAGGUGGCACCGCUCGCCGCACGUCAUACCAUCGCCCGGUUGGAGCUCUGUGCAGCUCAUCUAUCAACGCAGCUCUACAAGAAGGUGGCAGCUGCUCUCAAAUUUCCCUAUACAGCAUAUUUUUGGUCCGACUCCACAACAACCCUUCAAUGGAUUCGUUCGUUCCCCGGACGUUGGAAGACCUUCGUGGCGAAUUGGGUCACACACAUCCAGCUUUCAAGCCCAAUUGACAACUGGAAGCAUGUAGCAGGUAUUGAUAACCCGGCCGACGAUAUAUCCAGAGGUUUGAGCCCCGCCGAAAUCCUAAACAAAACACGUUGGUGGAAUGGACCACCAUGGCUUGCUCUACCUCCGGAAUCCUGGCCUGCUGGUGCACUUUCCAAUGUAGAACCACCCGAAUUAUCCCAAGAAAGCAGAAAGAUUCCGAUUGUCGUCAUGACCGCAACUCAAAUCAACUUUAACGAAAGACUGUUUUCCCGUUUCUCAUCAUAUUCCAAGCUUCGUAGGACUGUUGCUUACUGCCUGCGGUAUUGUCAGCUGUUGCGUGACCGGGCGAUUUUUCACCGCAGCAACCCAGCAACAUAUACACAGCUCAUCGCAAAGGGGACUACAAAUGCAGCCUUUCAAGCACUGACUACAGAUGAACUUCACUCAGCCGAAAGAAUCCUCUGUCGUCUGGCCCAGCACGAUUCGUUUCCCGAAGAGCACAGUGAUCUCGCUGCUGGUGAUUUCGUUUCCAAAACCAGUCCUCUUAAGUAG